CCUUAAUCAUUAGAUUCAUACCCCGUGUCCUCCCGGCCUUCUGGAAACUAACCAAAGAGUGUCCUAGUUGAAUUCAACCACGUUCAAUGCAGCUAGCCGUUUUCAUUAAACUGUCAUGAGGGCAUUAAAUUGAAUCUCCCUUGUUUGGUUCUUUGUGCGCUUUAAAUUUCUUCUAUAAAUCCUGCAUUCGUAGCCCAUAUUUUCUCAUAGUUUAUGCCCUUUCUCAAUUAGAUUCUGUAAAUGCUUCUCUUGCUGUAUUAGGAGGGUCUGAGAAAAAUGCUCAAUCUUUGAAGGGCUAUUCCGGUAUCUGGGUUGUCAUUGGAGGGCUAUAUCUCUGUUUUAAGCAAAUUGGGUAUUAAGCAUCAAACGUUUUCCCCAUCUGGGUUGGAGCCCAAAUCCGUUUUUUCGCAGAUUAGGGAUUCUGUACUCAAGCCUUUUCAUUUGGGUGCUGGAAUUUCCUAUUUGGCUAUUGAUUCAAAGGCCUACAACUUGAUCACCCGCUUCCUCGUUUUUUCAAGACAUGGAACAGAAGGAGGGAGGAAAUGUUGCAGGAAUGGAGCCCAAGAAGCCGGACCAGUCAGCGGUAUCAAUUAAACCAGGUCAAAAACUUCCAGAUUUUCUUCAAUCCGUGAAGCUUAAGUAUGUCAAAUUAGGAUACCACUAUGUGAUAACCCAUGCAAUGUAUCUCUUAUUAUGUCCCAUUGUUAUUCUUGUUGCUGCUGAAUUGGGCACGCUCAAGCCAGAAGAUCUGUAUGAGUUAUGGCAGCAUCUUCGCUUUAAUCUUGUCAGUGUAAUCCUCUGUUCAACAUUGUUAGUUUUUGUGACCACGCUGUACUUUAUGACAAGGCCAAGGCCAGUUUUCCUUGUGGAUUUUGCAUGUUAUAAGCCAGAUGAUGAGAGGAAAUGUACUAGAGAAUUGUUCAUGAAUUGCUCUAAAAUGACUGGUACAUUUUCUGAGUCAAGUUUAGAUUUCCAAAGGAAGAUCCUUGAGCGUUCAGGUCUAGGGGAGGAGACUUACUUGCCUGAAGCAGUGCUUAGGAUUCCCCCAAAUCCAUGCAUGGCAGAGGCUAGGAAAGAGGCAGAGAUGGUUAUGUUUGGUGCCAUUGAUGAGCUUUUUGCAAAAACAGGUGUCAAGCCGAAGGAUAUUGGGAUACUUAUUGUGAACUGUAGCCUUUUCAAUCCCACUCCUUCCCUGUCUGCAAUGAUAAUAAAUCACUACAAAUUGAGGGGAAAUAUAUUAAGUUACAAUCUAGGAGGAAUGGGUUGUAGUGCAGGCCUGAUAUCUAUCGAUCUGGCCAAGGAUUUACUUCAAGUUCAUAGGAAUUCUUAUGCAAUUGUCGUUAGCAUGGAAAACAUUACAUUGAACUGGUAUUUUGGCAACGACAGAUCCAAGCUUGUAUCCAAUUGCAUUUUUAGGAUGGGGGGUGCUGCCAUUUUGCUGUCCAACAAGAGAUCAGAGAAGAGGAGGGCAAAAUAUGAGCUUGUGCAUACCGUUAGGACUAACAAAGGUUCUGAUGAUAAAUGCUUUCAAUGUGUUUUCCAAGAGGAGGAUGAUACGGGAAGUGUGGGGGUUUCAUUAUCCAAAGAGCUCAUGGAAGUCGCAGGAGAUGCGUUGAAGACUAACAUAACAACUCUGGGUCCUUUGGUUCUCCCAAUGUCAGAGCAAAUUUUGUUCUUUGCAACUUUGGUGGGUAGGAAGUUUUUGAAGAUGAAGGUAAAGCCCUACAUUCCAGAUUUCAAGCUUGCAUUUGAGCAUUUCUGCAUACAUGCUGGCGGAAGGGCAGUUUUGGAUGAAUUGGAGAAGAAUUUGCAGCUUUCAGAAUGGCAUAUGGAGCCAUCGAGAAUGACCCUUUUCCGAUUUGGUAAUACAUCUAGCAGCUCAUUGUGGUAUGAGUUGGCAUACACCGAAGCCAAAGGAAGGAUCAGGAAGGGAGACAGAGCUUGGCAAAUUGCCUUUGGGUCUGGAUUCAAGUGCAACAGUGCUGUCUGGAGGGCUCUUAGAGCUGUCAAUCCUAGUUCCGAGAGGAAUCCGUGGACUCAAAUUAUUGAUCAGUUCCCUGUUGAUGUUCCUAGAGUUUCAACCAUAUGAUCUGAUCUGAUUUUUUCUGAAAUGGGUAAUCUAUGAUUUCAUUUUCUCUUCAAGUGUUGAAAUAUUUAUGAUCUUUGCAGUCAUAGUGUAUCUUGCAUAACCUUGGGGAUUUUACCCUGCAAGGUUAUGAUGUUGUAAUGAAGCUGCAAUGGCUAAUCUAUGAUUUAAUUUUCUCUGCUAGUUUGAAAUAUUUAUGAUCUUUGCAGUCAUAAUAUAUGUUGUACCAUGUUGGGGUUUUUAUCCAGCAUGGUGAUGAUUUCGAGAUGAAGCGUAGACAGCAAGGCUAUGGAAAGCCUUCACUAUUUUUAUUUUGUUUCCUAUUCGUUUUAGACCACUGAACACCUAGCUUAAGGUGUUUCACCUGUAAAUGUUGAAGUUUCAUAAUUCGUUACCCCUUUCAAAAACUUUAUUAUGCUCAUUCAAUCCAGUAUUUAUCAGUCAUUCAAAUGA